AUGGCAGACGAACCAGAAAAACUGUCUAAACGGCAGAAACAUGAUUCUCUGAGUUUACCAAGCCCUUCAACACAUCCACCCCCAGGAACGAGUUCAAGUCCACUUACCCCAGCCUAUUCUUAUCUGCAUUUGGAUCCAGAGAAGAUUAUUAAAAACUACGGAAAAUAUGGAACAUAUCAGGUGGGUUUAUAAUAUUUUUUAAAAUUUGUAAUAUCAGGCAGUUCAAAUAAUUCUGUGCUUCCUAACACAUUUUUUAUUACAAAUCGUAUUUUACAAACAAUAGAUUUUAAAAUGUAAAAAUGUACUAUAUUAUAUAAUACAAUAAAUCUAAUAUUAAGUUUUUUAAAUAAUUCUGUGCCUUCUGACUCUGAUUUGAGGGGAGAGAGGCGCAUAAUUAUUCUAACAACCUAAUAUAAUACAGUAGUUUGAUCAAAAGUUAAAUUUUUUUCUAAAAUUUUUUAAAAUUUUGUAAAAUACGGUAAGGGUAAAAUUUGGCGAAAACACUUAACUUUUUGAACUUUAAAUUUUACCUUUUUAUGCCAAAUUGAUUCAAGUUGUUCUAUAGGGGUAUCAAAAAAAAAUCAGUAUUUUAAUGGAACUUUAAUGAAAAAAGUCAAAGUUUUAAAUUAUUUGAUUUUUAUGUUCAGAAUCAGCAUAAAAUUCUGCUGCAGAUGGCAGUAUUUUUGAUUUUUAAUUCGGGAACUAAAUUUUCAUUGUCUAACUGGUAACGCGUUGCCUCUUGAAGCAAAACUACGCGGGUUCGAGUCCGGUCGGGGAAAUUGAGAAGAAAAUGGCGGGAAAGGGUCAAAUAAAGUUUAAAAAAAAGUUAAAAAAAAGCGAAAGAGUUACAGUAGUGUUUAAAAAUGCCUAAAAAUGUCUUUUUUUAAAUGCGUCAUUAUGACGGAUUUAUAAAAUUUCUUAAUAUUCUGUAGCAUAUAUCUCAGUAGUAACUUAAUGGGUUCUAAAUUUAAUUUUAAACUUUAAUUAAAAUUCUUUUUAAAUUUAAAAAACAAUUUUUUUCAGAUGAUAAUCUACGCCAUGUCAAACAUGGGCAGUAUGAUCUACGCGAUGGAAACGAUGAUAAUGUCAUUAAUCGCAGCCGAACAAAAACACGUUUGCAUAUCAGACAAUGCCGACUACGAUAUGAUAGACAAAUGUACAGUACGAAAUAUUUAUACGAAUCUGACGAAAAAGUGUGGUACUGUAACUGACACUCGAUUCGAGUUUCCGAACUUCAAUCGAAACACCUUGAUCACCGAGUUCGAUCUGAUCUGUGACAAAAGUUAUUGGAGUCAGCAUGGUACGUCGAUAUUCAUGAUAGGUGGUCUGAUAAUGGCACCGUUCUUGUCUCAGAUGGCCGAUCGUUACGGUCGAAAGUUUUGUUUUUUAAUCCCACUUUGGCUUACUGUAUUGUCGAACAUUGCUUGUUCAAUGUCACGAAACUUCUACUUCUUCUUAUUGUUUAGGUUUAUUGCUGGACUGGGAACGGCUGUAAGUUUUUUUGGAAAUUUUAGGUAAAAUACGGACAAUACAAGGCAGUUAGACUUAGUGAUACUUAGUUGUACCGUAACUUGUAAUAAGAAUGAGCUUACUGUAAGUAAAGAUAACAAGAUAGAGCUUAUUGUAAGUAUAUGUAAAAAGAAUGUGCUUAUUGAUUUAUCUUUGAAUUGCUUUACAAUUUUAAAAAACUUCAGGGUAUUGGCACAGUGUCAUAUGUGAUUCAAAUUGAAAGUGUGACAGCUUCAUUCAGAUCGAUGACGCCGUUGAUUGGAACUUUCGUUUGGGUAUCUGGUUAUAUGGCUGUUGGUGUUCUUUAUCUUAUAUUUGAUGAUUGGAGGAAGCUAUAUUUGGCUAUGGCAUUACCUGGACUGGUCACUUUUUCUUUUUAUUGGUAAGAUUAUAACUUCAUACUAAAUAGAUCUUGAAGUACUAAAAAAUGUUUAAUUUAUGAAACUCAUUAAUACUUUUUUAGGCUAAUGCCAGAGUCACUGCACUGGUCGAUAACUAACAAUCGCACAAAGAAUGUUCAAAAGCAAGCUAAUUGAACUUAUUUUAAUACUAGCUAGGGCAAGGGCUAAGACUAAAGCUAGGGCUAGAGCUCUGGCUAGAGCUUUGGACUAUGGCUAGGCUGAGCUGAGUUGGGCUGUGAUGGACUGAGCUGAGUUGAGUUGGCCUGGCCUGGGCUAGACGAGUCUGGGCUGGGCUGGGCUGUUCUGAGUUCAGACAUGGGGAACGGGCUAGGCCUGAGCAAAAUUUAGGUCGGGCCGGGCCUGAAAAUCUCAAAAAAGUCCAGCCCGCUUGCACGUAAAAAAUUCGGGCUGGGCUUGAGCAAUACUCAGGCCAGUCCAUGGUUAAAAUUGAAGCCCGGCCCGUUUCCCAUUUCUAGCUGAGUUAAGCUGAGCUGGAGAUAGGACUAAGCUAAGAAGAAAUAACUAGCGUAUGAGUGAAACUAAGUCACGGUAUGACAAAAGUAAGGCAAAAGCAGGGUAAUGUAGACCCUAAUCAGAGAUUAGAAUACAUUGUUUUUAGGUACAUAAAGUCCUCAAGCAGAAUAAACAAAAGAGAAAUUCAACUGGUCGAUUGUAAAGUGACCGACCGAAGUGACAGCACGAUGGAACGGGCGUCUUCUCGUACUGUUUUUGACAUUUUCAAGAAGAAAUCUUUGUUGUUACAGUUGGUGCUACAUUGCUUUAUCAUGUAAGUGAUUUUUGAUUUUUUUAAAAUUAAAUUUAAAAUUUAAAUUUAAAAAUUUUUUUAGAAAUUAGCGAAAAAACGUAUUUUACAAUUUAAAAUUUUAAUAUAAAACCCCUAUUUUUAAAAUCCACACCAAUACUUACCACAUAUAACUUUUUAGGAUGACAAUGAAUGGCACUUACUGGGCCUUAAGUUUGUUCAGUGUUGAUCUACAUGAAGAUGAACUGGUCGGUUACUUCCUCUCGGGUCUGGUCGAAUUACCAGCCGGUUUCAUAGCCAUAGCUUUGUUGAGUUAUUUCGGCAGAAGAACGGUCACAUUUCUGUCGUUUAUUUGCACGGCUAUUUGUAUGUUCAUGGCUGUGCUGUUGCCUGGUAGGUUGGGAAAGGGGGUGGAGAGAUGAGGGGGAUGGUUGGUCUAAUUGACAAGUUUUUUUUGUGAUUUUUAGUUGCAGUAUGUUCUUGUUUUAGCCAAAAUUUUAAAAAAUGAACUUUGUGUUUACGACAGCGAGAGUUUUGUUAGUUUUUUUGUUUGCAUGUUUUCGUGUUGGGACCCAUUUCACCAUAACAAGAUUGGGUCAAAUGGAUUCCUUUACAAAAAUUCGUUUAACUAAAAUGGCUCUAUUAAGAUUUUAUUGCAUUUUUAAAUCUUUUUUCGUGGUGGGACCCAGUUGAACAUAUUAUAUGCCUUACGUAAUUGUAUCAAAUGGGUCCUACAACGAAAACUUAUUAAACAAAAACGGCUUCAUUGAGAUUUUACUGUAUUUUAGAAAUUUUAACUUUAGCUGCGUCUCAUAUUUCACAAAAAGAAUUUUUACAUUUUAAAGAAGUUUUUAAAAAUAAAAAAUUAUAUUUAAAAAAAUAUUUUAGGUAAAAACUACAUAAGUAUGUCAUUCCCAUUGUUAGCCAAAAUGUUCAACAGUAUAACAUGGGCAUCUGAACCGUUAUUGAUUGGAGAAAUGAGUCCGACUUCAGUUCGAAAUGUAUUUUAUGGUUUAGUUGCAUUUGUUGGGGAGAUUGCAUCAGUUUUUGCACCUUAUCUUAAUUACCUUGUAAGUUCAAACAAUGGGCUAGGGUAGGGUUCUGGGCUAGGGUUCUGGGCUAGGGCUCUGGCCUAGGGCUCUGGGCUAGGGCUCUGGGCUAGGGAUCUGAGCUAUGGCUCUGGGCUAGGGCCCUGGGCUAGGGUUUUGGGCUAGGGUUCUGGGCUAGGGUUCUGGGCUAGAGCUACGAACAAUAAUAUAGCAUAAGAGUAGUGAAAGUAAGACAAGUGUAAUACAAAAGUUUGGAAAAGCAGGGUAGGGCAUCACCUAAUUGAAUAUUACAUUACGUUGUAGAUAUUCAUCACUACCGUAUUUUAUUCUCUAUAAUAUCAAAAAUUUAGAAACAAAUCCACGAGCUAGCCCCUCCAAUCACGAUGACAACAAUUGCUUUGUUAGCUGGUGCUUUUGUCCUCACUUCACCAGAAACCAAAGAUAAGGCGUUGCCAGAAGACCUUGAUGACUUUGAUGAAGGUCCAUUCUAUCGAUGGCUUAGUGGGAAUAAAAAAGAAGAGGCACGAUUAGAAGAUGAUAAACAAAAAGAAAACAAUGUUCCAUUACUGUGA